AGGCACACAACAGCCGAGCAAAAUAUUCCACAGACUCCGAGUUGUGGUUUGGUGUUGAUAAAGAUUGUUCUCAAAGAUGUAACACAGUGUGCUCCGCUUCAAUUUUCCGUCGAACCUAGUUUUUUGUUUCCGAAAAACCAAACGAAAGAAAUAUUAGCUUCAUCAACGUGCUGCAACGAAUAGAUAACCACCACAUUCCGGAUUGACGGGACGUGUGUGAACGCGACGGAAAACUUCGUAUUUGAUUUAGAAGGAUGAUUCAAGGGUACGGAUCGGUUACGCAGGCUCUGCUAGGAACAUUGCUGACAUGGGGUCUUACGGCGCUUGGUUCGGGGCUGGUGGUGCUGCUGAGAGGCAAUCAACGAAAAUCGCUGGACAUUUCGCUUGGCUUUGCGGCCGGCGUCAUGAUUGCAGCGUCCUUCUGGUCUUUGUUGGCGCCCGCAAUUGAACUGGCGGAAAGCUCGCACAUGUACGGAAGCAAAGGAGAGUUUGCGUUUAUUCCCGUUGCGAUCGGGUUCCUAUUGGGUGCAAUAUUUGUGUACGGCACGGACAAAGUAAUCUCGUACUUAGGCAUCAACAGUCCAACCAUGAUGAUUGCCCUAACGCACGCAAAUAAAGACAAGGCCGACAUAGCCAUGGACGACCAGGUUUCCGCUGAGCAUGGCAAAAGUUCUUAUGCCGGAAUGGUACCAAACAACGCACAAGACCACUCGUUGGCCAUCGGAAUGGACAGCUUUGCCGAUUGCCUAAACGCUCAGCAUGGAAGCGUUUCUCGGAAGCGAAGGAAGGGCAGCUCCACAGCAUCGACCAAGGAACAGUCAGUCUACACAAACAACAGCCAAAGCCAACUCGAUGCACAAUUGUCCCAGUGGAAACGGAUAAUGUUGCUUGUGGUGGCGAUUACCGUACACAAUAUACCGGAAGGGUUAGCUGUUGGAGUAAGCUUCGGAGCGAUUGGCACGACCGAAUCGGCAACAUUUGAGGCAGCUCGUAAUCUUGCUAUCGGCAUUGGGAUACAAAACUUUCCGGAAGGAUUGGCUGUGAGUCUACCACUGCAUGCAGCCGGUUUCAGCCUAGGAAAAAGUUUUUGGUACGGGCAACUGUCGGGUAUGGUGGAACCAAUUUUUGGGGUUCUCGGUGCCGUUGCUGUAAGCCUCGCCACCAUCAUUCUCCCGUACGCUCUAUCAUUUGCCGCCGGUGCCAUGAUUUAUAUCGUAGCGGACGAUAUUUUGCCAGAAGCUCAUGCUAGUGAUAACGGCCAAAUUGCUACCUGGGGUACAAUUGCUGGGUUUGUGGUGAUGAUGUGCUUGGAUGUGGGACUUGGAUAAGAGAGAGCAACUGAAAGUAGUCGUAAAUCCAGUGUGACUGAUCGAUCGGAUCACUUAAUCGAACCAGUCGGUGACUGUUAGAAUGUACUUCAAAGAGUAUUAAACUAUUAAUGUGAGCAUCCCUCGUUACAAUUGACGCUGGCUACGGUUCAGUUCAUCACGUGUAUAGUUUUAAACAUUUUUUUAACCUUACCUAUACAAAAAAAAAUAGGUUUUAGAAAAGUAAAACUAAUAAAUGAUUAAGGCAAAUCAAUCC